GCUUUAGAGAAUUCAAGGCAGCGUGUGGAUGCCGGACGAGCCCCGAGCCCGUCAUGAACUGGGAUUCCCAGCUGAGUGCCGUGCUGUCGGCCGCGGAUGGCAGCGUGGCUAAAAUCAGGGAGAGACUGAACACAGCAAGUCACUUCUCCAAAGACGUGUACCCCGACAGCGGGCAGUUCCGCAGUGUGUGUUUUGAGGAGUCCCCGCUGUCCCGCCCCUCAGCCCCUCUCUCGGGCGUGCCCAGCGCUGGCAAGCAGUGGGGACAGCUGCCGGAGAUUUUGUCGCGGCUGCAGGACCAGAGCCAGGCCAUCCAGUCCCUGACGCAGGCUGUGAGGUUGCUGGAGAGGGAGCGAGACAAACAGCAGCAGCACCUACAGGCACUGCAAGAGGAAGUGCGGAGGCUGCGGGACCGAGAGCAGCAGAGGGAGAGGGGGGGCUCGGAGACGGAGGGCAGGCUGGACCAGUGGCGCAGGGAGGUCAGGGGGGAGCUGCAGAGCCUGACAGAGAAGCUGGAGAGAGUGGCUGCACGGCAGGACAGCUUCAGUGGCAAACUGCAGCGGGAGGAGAUGGAGCAGCUGAAACGGGAGCUGGAUCACUUGAAGCACAAACUGAGAAGGCAGGAGGAUGACCUGCUGAGCCAGAUCUCAGAGACCAGGGACAUGAGGCGACAGUAUGAGCGCAAUACCAAGAUGCUGGAAAGCCUGGCGGACAGCUACAGGGGCCACGCGGAGGACCUGACGAGGACGCUGUCGCAGCAGCAGAGCGCACAUCAUGAUCUGCACAGCCUCAGGUCCUGUGUGUCUGAGCUGAAGGAUGAGAUGAGAGGGCUGAGGCUUGCUGACAGCCAGCCUAUGUCAUCACAUGGUACACGGAGGGCAGGUGACUGUGUGAGCGGGAGGCAGCACCAGCAGUCCAGAGAAUCAGGGGGCUCUGACCUGCUGGAAGAGGACUCGGAGGGCGAGCUCAGUCCCAGCCUCAGCCUGGGGGACGUCAGUUCAGAGGACCUGUCCCUGCUGUCCGAGACGCCUGCCCCGCCACAGCCUCGAACAGGCACCAGACCUCACCAUCUCUUGGAAGGAAGUGACAAUGGGGAAGCAGGAAGUGGGCUGGAUGAGGAGGAAGAAGUCCUCAGCAUCGAGGAGGACCUGGGUGAGCUGUCUGACAGCCCACCUGAACUCAACCUCAGCGACCUCUAGCUUGUCUUCUGCCUUUCACCCCAUUAACUCCAUCACCCCCAGUGGAAGGAGCUACUGGCCCUUGACUGACAGAGGUGUAUACCACGAUCACCGUGUUUCUCAAAGAAGCUUCCAGCCUGGCACAUGUUCUGAUGGCUGUCUUUUAGCUGAAAUCAUUUAUUUUGGGCCACAUUUAUUUUGGGCUUUGUUCCCUGCCCUGUGGUUGGAGGGUACACUUUUUAGGUUUACAAUGAACAAAGAAAGGUAGACAAGGAUAAGGAUAAAAAGCUGGAGGGAGGAGAAGAAAAAAGUGAUGGAGGAAGGGAUUGCUUUUCCUAAUUUCAGUAUUACCCACAUCAGAAGAAAUGAGAGAGCAGAGGGCUCAGCACCACAGUGAUCUUUGGAGUUCCUUCAGAAGCCAGGACUCGCUUACUCUCCCUGUGGUCCCUGGAGACUGCCGUUCUAUCCUUUCUCAGAACGCCCGAUGCUCCUACUUUUAUUAAAGAAAAAAGGUGCGCUCAUCA